CUUGAACCUGACUGAAUAGACAGUUUGCCUGCCAGUUGCCUGCCAGCUGUCCAGCCAAUUGCCGAUCCAGGCGUUUGCUAUCCUGCUACUUCUUGUUACGUUAGGCAAAGUUCUUCAGGCCUAGGCUAUUGUGUGUAUGUGUGUAUCCAUUCUUCCAUCCACAUAGAGCGAAUUAUCAUUGGAAAGCUACGUCCUCAACGGACCUGGCAAAAGCGAAAGCCUACCCACCAACCACCCAUGCAUCCAGCCCCCAAUUGACCCUUGACUCGAAGAAGCCGAGGAGGCCCGAAACAAGUUGGUGUGAGUCUUGUCACUCUUCUCAUCAUGUUCCUGCGGGUAUUCAUUCCCCGAUACAACUUGGUCGAGUCCAGUAAGGUCGAGACUUCGAGGGGCACACUCGUCCAGCACAAGCCUUAUUACGUGUAUCAAAUCGAGGUCUCGAUUUAUGGGACAUACUCGCGCUUAGACAAGCGAUAUUCGCAAUUCUUGUCCUUGCAUCAAGAGCUUCGGCAUAGUUAUCGUACUCCGGAGUUUCCUCCAAAGAAGCUGCGGAACACCAGCCAUAAAGUCUUGGAACAAAGACGAAGUGGAUUGGAAAACUACAUACAAUAUUUCGUGCGCAUGAACCCUGUACCUCAAGUCCUAUUAAACUUCCUAGACGUUCCUCGCGAAAAACUGACCUCAACGUUGCCGGAUGAGAAGCCAAGCCACCAACAAGUGGCUGGGUUUCUCAAGGACCCAUUCUUGAUCCCUUCUUCUGGGGAUCGAUUGCCGGACAUCGUGUCCGAAGCCACCAUGGAGUUCUUUUACCAAGAGAGCUAGCUAAUCUUCCACGCUUAUCAAGAUGAAUCUCGUCCGCAACUACCAAUGCCUCAUUUUUGGCCUGGUUUGGGUCACCUAUUGUGUGACCUACUGCCUCAGAAAACCCUUGGGGAUCGUCAAACCCAAGCUAGAACUAGAUCUUUCCUUGACCAAAACCCAAUUGGGUUGGUUGGACUUGGCUUUACUUUUGCCUUACUCGGGGGUACAAAUCUUGUGUUCCCAUGUGUGGGAUCGGAUCCCUCCACGUCAUCUGAUUGCAUUAUGCCUGAGCAUGGCUAGCUUAGCCAUGAUGAUGAUCGGCAUCGGCAAUAGCUUCUACGUCAUCUGUGUGUGUCUCUUCAUCAGUGGAGCCGGGCAAGCUCCUUUGUGGCCGGCAUGUACCAAGAUGCUGAGUUCUUGGUUCGUCGAUUCGAGGCUGAGCUCGGUAUUCGGCAUCAUCAGCACAUCUCAAUACGCCGGAUCGUUACUUGGGACCGGACUGGCCAUUUAUAUUCAAGAAAAAGCCGGUUGGCCAUGGGUUUAUGUCCCAGCGGGUAUUGCCGGGCUAAUCAUGGCUACUUUUAAUCUGUUGUUCCUCCUUGGACCCAAGGAUAUGCUCUUGGAGAUCCCGGGCAAGACUUACGUGUCUCCCACACAUCUUGCCAAGGACAAGAAACGUCAAUCAUACGCGUUCUUGUUGAGUAUCCCGGGUGUGGCCGAUGUAACAAUGGCUGUGUUCUGUCUGAAAUUCGUCCGCUAUUGUAUGCACAUGUGGUUGCCGCUGUAUCUUAUUGAUCAUCUCAAAUAUUCCCAGACUGCGGGUGGUCUCUUCUCCACCAUGUUCGAUGUGGGGGGUAUCUUAGGCGGACCCAUUCUCGGCUUGCUCGUGGAUCACUGUACCAAACACCAACCUUUAUGGGGAAUCUUUCUCAUGUUGAUGCUGGGCACAGUUUGCUUCACUCUGAUCGCGUUCAUCGCUUCCUGGGGUACAAUCUACUGCAGUGUCUUGCUCCUGAUGGUGGGAGCGGCCAACUGCGGUCCUGAUUCUUUACUCACCGGAUCCGUGACCAUGAUGAUUGGCGAAAAAUAUGGCUCGAACACUGGGGCGGGUGUGACCAGUUUGGUCAAUGGGAUUGGCAGUAUCGGAGCCAUUGUGGAAGGACCCAUUAUUGGCCUGAUAAGUCAACAAGUGGGAUGGCACGGUGUGAUGGGAUUGAUGAUCGCCUUGAGCUUUUUCGCCAUGUUGGCCACAUUGAGAGGAUUCUUGGUGCUCAAACUUCACGAUCGAGCCUUAGCUCGGAAAAAAGCUGAAGAUGAACUCCUCACUUUACAGACUCCACUGGUUGAUGAACAAGCGUGUGAAGUGUUGGAACUCGAGUCUUCUCAACUAACAGUGUGAUAUGGCUGUGACAAUUAUAUUUAUACUAUUUUCAGCUAACAUUCACUGACAUAGGAAAAAAGAGAAAAUGCACAUUAACUCAUACAAA